AAGGGAGUCGCUGGCAGCGAUGCUGUGAGUGCGCACGUCUGUGUCGGAGCUGCGGACCGGAACCUGAGGCACCAUGCUAUGGACACUAUUGCUACUGAUAGUCGGGCUGCUGUUAUCGCUUCUCUUCUGCGCUCGCAGCAGGCGUCCCAACGAACCGCCGCUGGACAAAGGUUUGAUUCCCUGGUUGGGACACGCUCUGUCGUUUGGAAAAGAUGCCCCAAGGUUUUUGGCUCAGAUGAAAGCUAAGCAUGGCGACAUCUUCACUGUGCGCGUGGCUGGGUGUUAUGUGACUAUACUGUUGGACCCAAACUCCUUCGAUGCGGUGCUCAACGACACGAUCUGUCUGGACAGUACUCGGAACCGGAGCAAGAUCAUCCACCGGGUUUUCGACCUGCAUCUGCCAAGUGUGCAGCCAGGAGCUGAGCGGAGAUGGAUGGAAAAGCACUUUCAAGGCCUGAGUCUGUCUCGACUCGUGACUUCCAUGGACGCAGAACUGCAGGAGAUUCUGUGGAGUGAGCAGACAGGAUGGGGGUUGACAGAGUGGAAACCGGAAGGGCUCUACAGCCUCUGCUACAGCUUCCUCUUCAGGGCGGGGUAUCUCACGCUGUUUGAGAGGAAAGAAAAUGCUGCUGCUGUUUACAAAGAGUUCCGCAAGUUUGAUGAGCUUCUCGCCAAACUGGCUCGUGGUUGUGUUCGGAGCGGAGAGAGAAAAGAGGCCUACACCUCUCGGCAGCGGCUGUGGGAACUGCUGUCCCCCAAGUGGCUGCACGGAGGAGCCUCUGACCUCUGCUGGCAGCAAAGUUACCACAGCUUCCUUCAACAAGAAGGUGUGGAUGCUGAGAUGCAGAGGAAAGCUCUACUGCUGCAACUCUGGACCACACAGUGUAACGCAGGACCUGCUGCCUUCUGGCUGCUCGCCUUCCUCCUCAAACACCCCGAGGCCAUGGAAGCAGUUCAGGCUGAGAUCAGAGGUCUGACUCUGCAGGAAGGUUCCCAGCAGCGUCCCCACAUCCAGCGCCUGGAAACACAGCGCACACCUGUGUUCGACAGCGUUCUGAGCGAGACUCUGCGGCUGACGGCGGCCGUGAUGAUCACCAGGGAGGUGGUGAAAGACAAGGCUCUACGCAUGGGGAACGGGGAGACGUACCACCUGAGACGUGGGGACAAAGUCAGUCUGUUCCCUCUGCUCAGUCCACAAAUGGACCCACACAUCCACCAAGAUCCACAGGAAUUCAAGUAUGAUCGCUUUUUGAAUGAAGAUCUGACAAUGAAGGAUGAAUUCUACAAAGAGGGAAGGCGUCUCAAGUACUUCACAAUGCCCUGGGGAGCAGGGAGUAACAUCUGCGUGGGGAAAGACUUCGCUGUGACUUCCAUUAAAAAAUUUGUCUUUUUGAUCCUGACGCAUCUGGAACUGAAGUUGUGUGACCCGGACGCGGAGCUGCCUCCGUUCAAUCGCAGUCGCUACGGUUUUGGGAUGCUGCAGCCCGAGGGCGACCUCCAGAUUCAGUACCGACUCAAGAGGACGCUCAACAAAAUGUCACAGAGUGAUUUAUGUGAACAGUGAACAUUUUUCUACCCAAUGUGUUUUUGUAUUUAAUAUA